AUGGAUGUGACAAUAACAAAUGGUCAUGGCCAUGGCUCUACGGAGACCUCCACCCGUGGACGAGACCUUGUCAAGACCGUACGAUCACUCGACCAAACCGGACCGGGAAACGAUGGUGAACAUAUCGAGCGCACCUGGACUCUUCUCACAUCCGUUAGUUCCAGUCACUUCUACGCCGCCGAGGAGACUGUGCUGCGAUGGCUUCUCAAGUCCAUGAAGACCAACAACGAUGCCGCCGACACUCUGCGAAGAUUUCCCUUGACAUGGCGGAUCCUAGGCUGCACAUUUCAAAGGAUACCUCUAUUCUCGCUCGCGAAAUCUCUCGCCGAUCGAAAGUUCAUGGCCAUCUUGCAACAGACUCUCAAGAGCAUCUCGAAGCCGGUCACACCCAAGGAUGCUGUCCCCGCGACAUUGUCGAAGAAGAGGAAGAGAACACUCGAGGUUACAUUCGAUCUCGAAGCUUUGAAGACACGGGACGGCUGUAUAAGUACGGGAGAUGCGGUUCUGGGAGCGCUCCGAAUUCUCCUAGCUCGUGUUGAUGGAGCCGCACACACGUCCCAGAAUGAACGCAUGGGCGCAGAGCACAUCAAGGGUCUCUUCUCGCAACCUGCCAGUGAUGUGGUUACCUACCUGGCGCCCAUCCUUUCGCUGUGCGAAUAUUCAGCCACCAGCGACCUGAGCUGCGCCGAAACGCAAGAGAAUUGGAUUCACACACUGUCCGCGAUAUGGAACCUGCGACUGCACGGGCAGACCGAUAGCUUGGAGGUGGCUCUCUACCUUUCGCGAUCUGCCUUUGGCCUCCUGGGAAAGCUGACUGGGCUGGCAAUCGAUGUCGACAUCACACUUGAGGGCCGUGUCAAGUCUUCUUGGAUACAACAACUAGAGAGCUUCAUGCAUCGCAAUCUUUUUCUUCCUGCAAAAUCGGCUUUCCUCAAUCGAACGGACCUCGAAGCACCCAUCCGGGCAGUCGACGCCUCUAGACCUAUCGCCUCAGUCUCGCGCCCCGUGUUCUUUCACUUGGCGUCCACAACACCCCGGAUUCUCUCCGGGCCGAGCGCAUCGACGUCCGAGGAGGACUGGGCCAAGGCAACAUUCAAGUUGGCGCGCGACGGCCUGCACGACCUGACCCAACAGAAGAAAUCCACCACUCUGAAGAUCAUGCUUGGCGAAGCAAUCGCCAACAGGUCACAUAUUGACUUGGAAGAUCUCCGCGCCCUGUGCAAGGAACACGCUCUCGGCAGCGAUUCUACAGACUGGCAAGCCUUGUCACUCGUGGCACAAUGCGACCCCGAUGUUUUCCUUCUCACGGACGAUGGAGCUCUAUUGCUGAACACGGUUGCGGAUCGGCUAUUGCAACCACAAUCUUCCCUAGGUGGCGAAGAAGAUCUAGGGGCUGUGCGCACGUUUUUCGACUGCAUAAUUGGUGGCUACGAGAAGGCUCGCGACUUGUCUUCCUUCUUGAGGAAGUGGUUUGAGCAACUCAUCAAGUGCGACGCCUCUUUACUCUCGGACGCAACGAACCGGCCAGCCUGGUUUUCCUCGGCAGUGCAUCGUAAUCCUCGCCUGACGACAGCCAUCGAAAACUCUCUCACACCAAAGCAGCUCCUGAGUGUGCUGCAAUGGGUUGAGGAGCAAGGAAGCGCCCUGCCGGCGGCAACUCUGGUUUUCCUCGACACAAUUGCAGCUGCUCUGAAGAGCGACGACUUUGUGGAUGCAGUGCAAUUGAGGCUCUUCGACCUCAUGCAGGAUGCUUGGCUGUCCGAUACUCUGCCUUCCGACCUCAUCGCUCUUCGCUGGCCAAUCAUCGCGAGCACGGUUUCCUGGGUCAGCAAUGAGGAGGCUUCCAAGGUUCGAUCGAAGGUGCAGUCCGAACUCAAGAAGAUUUUGGCCAAGGGCAAGCUGGAAAAUCCCGACACGUUCGAGGCUUUCCGUGCCGCCACUCAGCUGUGGCUGUCAGCAUUCCCAGAUGGCCAGGAUGUAGCGGAGCUUGCUGCAGCACUCGGAUCUUUCGCCGACCGAUUAGCCAAGCAACUUCGAAAGCUAAAGCCAGGGUCCCUUGAAACACCAUGGGACCCAUAUGCCGUCCAGCUUUCAACACCGAAGACUAGGCCGAUCACAUCCUCUGUUACGAUUACGUCCUAUGUGGACUUUGCCUUGGGAGAAGCGUCACGGUUUCUGCCUCUUGUUAGCGGAAAGGCCGACACAUUGCCAGAGUUUCUGCGGCAUAUCAUUGCCUUUUCCGAUGACAAAGAAGCCGCGCCGAAAGAAUCAGAGCAGCUGUCAAGUGCUCUGAGUGCUGUGCUCUCGAACGAGAACGUGUUCCACGAGACCAAACUUACGGCAGGAAUCAUCGACCACGUCAUCGAGGCCUUGGCCAGUGGUUCGAAGUCCUCCCCCUGGGAAGAUGCAAGCACACGCGCAGCGCUCAAAGCCCUGAUUAACACACCCAGCGAGUUGCUUUCGAGACCCCAGCGAGAGAGUAUCAUGGAGACGCUCAUGCUGCAACGUCGCAAGAUGAAGAGCAAGACUGAAAAGGUGUCGGCCUCUACGUGGAAUCUCGUCCUCGGUCUGAUGGUCAAGGUGAUGCAGAGGUCGACAUUCUACGAAGGCAUGUCGUUUUCUGAUCUCACUGCCCUCGCCACAAGCGCAUCCCCGGCCAUAGCCGACAUGGACCCGAUGACAGCUCUCGGCACAUCUCGCUUGAUCUGCGAGCUGUCCACUUUGACGAUCCGACAGAUCAAUGACCACUACGAAGAGUGGGGUGCCAAGUACUUCAGGAAGGCCGGCCGUCACCUAGACAAGAACGAGGAGGAGUCCUCGGACGACAUUCUAAAAAUUGGCAGUCCUCAAAGCACUGGUCAAGGUUCUAGUAUCCUUGACGCGUAUGCGCGCGAGUGGCGCUCUUCCAACGACCGGGCAGCUAUCAACAAGCUCCUCCUCGCCAUUGAUGCUGCCGAAGGUCUUCCAAGCGACGCACUGGAAGGGCUCAAGAUUGACAUCAAGGCGCUCGAGGAGGCAAGCGCUGACGCCGUGUCUCUGGGAUAUCUUCGGGGAUGGCAUCUCAGGACGUUCCUUAUCGGCAACUUUGCGCCUCAGCUUGCUCAGCCGCGACCAACUGACUUUCGCCUGCUGUUCCAGUCUGAUGACGCGAGCGAGGGGACGGGCAGCGUCCCUGACGUGGUAUCGGCAAGCAGCUCGCGCGAGACGACGAAUGCGUGCGUCGACGCCAUCGUCAGACGGAUGGGACGCAGCGAGAAGCUGCAGUAUCUCCAGAGCCUGCUCGAGGAGCUCGAUGGAGAACAGGCCGUGGAUGGACAGCUCCUGGCUAUUCACCAGGUUAUCGUUCGCCUGACCGACGAACAAGGUUCAUCCGAAAAGACCACGUCCUUUGAUCUGGCGACGGCCCACAGCAAGCUGACGGCGCGGCUGGCCAGGACGACGUCAGCCCGCGCGUUCUGCCGGACCGCCGACGUGGUGCGCCUGCUUCUCGACCAGCGCGGCACUUGGAUGACGCAGUGGAACAUUGAGACGACGCUCGGCGCCGUCUCCGUCGUGGCCUCGGGCAAGGGCGGCGUGGGCGUGUCGUCGUCGCCCCGCGUCUACGAAGCGCUCUGCAGCGUCGUGAGCGUCGUGAUCCGGCGGCACCGCCUCCGCCUCGAGGACCACUACCACAUGCUCCUGUCGACGCUCGAGGCGCUGCUGCGGGCGCUGGUGCACGACGCCAGCAGGGGCGCGGCGGCGGCGACGCUCGGCAGCCGGCACGCGACGCUGUACGGGCGGCUCGUUGACGCUCGUGACGGAGCCGUCGGUGGCGUCGGUGUCGCGGGGGCAGCACGUCGGGGCGCUCGACUCGGCGACGGACGCGCCAAGAAGACGGCGGGGCGGCACGUGAACCUCGUGGCCAUG